AUGAGCAAAGUACCAGCUAAAAAAGUGAUUCCUUCCAAAGGUAGCUCUUCACCAGCGAAAAAAACGACUUCGAAUGUUGCCAAACCACCAGAAAAAGCCAAUGCGACGAAGACUACGAAUGAGACAGUGGCUGCAGCAGUUGCUAAACCAGAAGCACCGAUUGUCAAAGAGGUCAAGAUGAAAGAAGUUCUUCCAAAGGAGAUGGAAAAAUUAGAUAACUUGAAAAAAUGGCCAAUUAUUAUGGAUGAAGUCGGCAAUCUAAAAACUUUCUAUCGUAUGAAUGAACUCGUGAUCGAUUUCAAUACUCCUCUCACCGUACAACGUGUACAAGUUGCUCUUCAAAGUGCUUUUUUUGGACUUACUUUCAAUCCGGACGGAUCUAUUAAUGAUCAUCGCCAAUAUAGUGUUCCGAACAAUGUCAAUCGACUGGUAUCAAUCAUCAUGGAAGACAACCCUAUUGAGAAAUGUGUGGAAGAACUACGAAAAGUUUGCACUCAACUUCAUCCAGAUCUGUUCGAUACAGUUUUCGGAAAAGCCGAUGUCAAAGAAUCAGGACGAGAUGAUCUAGAUCGUCUCUUUGCUAUGACUCAAACACCUGAUGAAAUACGCACAACUGCCUACUAUCAGUUCGGAGCUAAGAGUCGAAGUGAAGUGCCUUUCACAUGUGUAUGGAUUACCCAUCUUACUGAAAUACCAACCGCCUAUGAUAAUCUCUUUGGACCAAGAUUCAAAUUGAAUUACAACUGA